CAGGAUAAAGUGCUUGGAUAAAGCGACCAGGUCGUUAUCUAUCCAUGCAUUGUGACCAUAUAUUAUUUUAUAUAACUUUCCUUUCUGGUCCUCUUGUUUCCCUAUUCUACUGCCCUGUGGACUCAAGGACAUGCAUGCGUCUGUCUCUCUGUAUAUAUUGUUUUGUCCAGCCUUUUCCCCACAUCCUACCGUGUGCUUUGCAUAUGUAACCGCUGUGAGGUGAAUAAUCCGAAACCGACUGUGACAGCUCAGUGCAACACAAAGAGAGGAGCAGCCCCGCAGAGGUAAACAGAACAGCAUGUGCACGUUUUAACCAGGAGGUUCAAACGGGACAGAAACCAAAGUAAUUCUAGAGUAAAAGUGUUGGAAUUCUGAAUGGAUGUGUGAAAUCUAUUACGAGAUGAAAAAGCACAUUCCCACCUCAGACUGCUCUAUCUGGUACGUGUGAACGAAGCUUCUUGCCUUCAGCGCAUAACCCUCUCAAGCCUGUUGCCUCAAGAACAUUGGAACCUGCCAGUCAGCCGUGCGGACCUGUUGUUUCCUUUGUCAUAUACCCGAAGAUGGCAGAGAAGCUGAACCCCAACGUGCUGUAUGUGAGGGAGCCGCGCGAGUCGGUCUCCUCACUGGAUUCUGACCGCCUGACCCAACCCGACGGCGGUGAAGAAUCCUCAGACAGUGACGGGGAGCAGGAGAUCUCGCACAAACUCAUUCGGAAAGUCUCGACAUCAGGACAGAUCAGGGCUAAGAAAAGUGUGAAGGAAGGCUUGCUCCUGAAGCAAACCAGCUCGUUCCAGCGAUGGAAGAGAAGGUACUUCAAACUGCGAGGGAGGACUCUCUAUUAUGCCAAGGAUUCCAAGUCUUUGAUAUUCGAUGAAGUGGAUCUGUCGGAUGCCAGUGUUGCAGAGACAAGCACAAAGAACAUUAACAACAGCUUCACAGUGAUUACUCCAUUUCGGAAGUUGAUCCUCUGUGCAGAAAACAGAAAAGAAAUGGAAGACUGGAUCAGCACACUGAAAUCUGUCCAGAAAUGGGAGAUUUAUGAGGCCAGCCAGUUUAACAUGGAGCAUUUCUCUGGGAUGCAUAACUGGUACGCCUGUUCUCACGCGCGCCCCACCUUCUGCAAUGUUUGCCGGGAGGUUCUCUCUGGGGUCACCUCGCACGGACUCUCCUGUGAAGUGUGCAAGUUUAAAGCCCACAAACGCUGUGCUGUGCGAUCCACCAACAACUGCAAAUGGACUACACUGGCUUCCAUAGGAAAUGACAUCGUCGAAGAUGAGGAUGGAGUAGCCAUGCCUCACCAGUGGCUUGAAGGGAAUCUGCCGGUCAGUGCCAAGUGUGUGGUGUGUGACAAAACGUGUGGGAGCGUGAGGAGGCUGCAAGACUGCCGCUGUCUUUGGUGCAAAGCCAUUGUACACAGUGCUUGCAAGGAGCAGUUUGGAAAAAAGUGUCCCCUGGGCCCCUUCCGUGUGUCGAUCAUCCCUCCCACAGCCCUGAACAGCAUCGACUCUGACGGUUUCUGGAAGGCCACUUCCCCCUCUUGUUCCAGCCCCCUGCUUGUGUUAGUCAACUCCAAGAGUGGGGACAACCAGGGAGUGAAGUUUCUACGCAAGUUCAAGCAGCUGCUCAACCCAGCCCAGGUCUUCGACUUGAUGAAUGGAGGACCCCAUCUCGGUUUAAGGCUGUUCCAGAAAUUUGCUACCUUCCGAAUCUUGGUCUGUGGAGGGGAUGGAAGUGUGGGCUGGGUGCUGUCUGAACUUGAUAAACUAGGACUGCAUAAGCAGUGCCAGCUGGGAGUGUUGCCACUUGGCACAGGAAAUGACCUCGCCCGGGUGCUGGGCUGGGGGGGCCUGUGUGAUGACGAUACCCAGCUGCUACAGAUCCUGGAGAAAUUGGAACGUGCCACCACAAAAAUGCUGGACAGGUGGAGUGUCCUAACAUAUGAGGUGCCAUCAAAGCAGCCCCCUCCAUCCAUUAAACAGGAGGAGAAUGGAGACUCUGCUCUGCAGUUUCAGAUGACCCAGUACUCUGAUUCUGUUGCUUUCCAUCUGACUAAGAUUCUGGAUUCCGACAAACACGCGGAUGUCAUUUCAUCAGCCAAGUUCCUGUGCGGCACAGUCAAUGAAUUUGUUGCUGAGGUGGGGAAGGCUUAUGAACGGGCCACAGAGAACAAGGAAGAGGCUGAUACCAUGGCCAAAAAGUGCGCAUUGCUGAACGAGAAGCUGGACUCCCUAGUGAAAACCCUGAGUGAGGAGGCGGACGCUGUGCUCGUGCCCGCUGGCUCCCCGGUGAUACCCCCCACGGACACCAGCCAAGGGGUCAAUAAGGAGGAAGACACCCUACCCAGGGUCUUCAGAUCCAAGGACCAGCUCAUGCUGAGAGCCAACAGCCUGAAGAAAGCCCUGAGGCAAAUCAUUGAACAAGCAGAGAAGGUGGUCGAUGAACAGAACAGCCACACUCAGGUCUACCGGAUGUCUUCCUCUUCCUCAAUGUCGUUGAAGAAAGACAGCAGCGAGGAGUUAAAAGAAAAGGAAGCUGAUGCUCUGCGUCGAGGGACAGUGAGCUCAACCACAUCCUCCAUCUUCUUGGAGAAGUCAGACAGCUUCAGCUCUGUUCAUUUCACUGAGGAUCCCAACUCCAUACAAUGCACUGAGAAGUGUGUCAUGAACAAUUACUUUGGGAUUGGACUGGAUGCCAAAAUCUCUUUGGAAUUCAACAACAAGCGGGAUGAGCACCCAAAGAAAUGCAGCAGUCGUACGAAGAACAUGAUGUGGUACGGAGUGCUGGGGACCAAGGAGCUGCUUCAGAAAACAUACAAAAACCUUGAGCAGCGAGUGCAGCUGGAGUGCGACGGUGUGCCCAUGUCCUUGCCCAGUCUACAGGGGCUGGCAGUGCUCAACAUUCCCAGCUACGCCGGGGGAAUCAACUUCUGGGGAGGGACCAAAGAGGACAACUUUUUUGGUGCGCCCUCGUUUGAUGAUAAGAAGCUGGAAGUGGUGGCUGUGUUUGGGAGUAUGCAGAUGGCGAUGUCCAGGGUCAUAAACCUGCAGCAUCACAGAAUAGCUCAGUGCCGGUCAGUAAAGAUCACCAUCCUGGGAGAUGAGGGGGUGCCUGUGCAGGUGGACGGAGAAGCCUGGGUCCAGCCUCCCGGAAUCCUCAAGAUUGUGCACAAGAACCGAGCCCAGAUGUUAACCAGGGACCGGGCGUUUGAGAGCACUCUGAAAUCAUGGGAAGACAAGCGCAAGUGUGAUAAUUACCGGGACUCACGGCCACGCCUCAACUCACAGCAGUCUAUGGAGUACCUGACUGAGGAGGAGUAUUCACAGCUGCAGCAGUUCGGACAGGCCGGGGACACGCUCAUCAACAAAAUCCGCGAAGCAGCAAAGACCCAAAAGGCGAUUGAGCAGGAACUGGCCCACUCCGUCAAUGCCAGCGCUCUCAUACUGAAUGAAUCCUUCUCAAACAAGGCCAGUACUCCAGAGUAUCUCAGUCGGAAUGCAGCAGUGGAUAUUGUGAACUCUGUCAAGGUUCUACAGCUGGAAACAAAGACGUUUCUGGAAGGGAAGCUAUUGCAGUUGGAAUUUCCCCAGGAAGAAGGGCUGCACUCUGCACUGAAUAAUCUCAGCAACGAGCUGCAGAAAGUAGCAGAGAUCCACUGGAUUGCACAUAUCAUCAACUGCACUGAAGAGGAAGGUCCCAGGAGCAGUAGCAAGAGCAGCAUGAAACUGAAAAUGAUGCCUAAAGCCAAGAGGGAACGAGAGAAGCUGCAGAAGCAGAGAUCCAACAGCUCCUUGCCCGUGAAGAAAUGGGGCACAGAGGAAGUGGCAGCUUGGUUGGAUUCUGUGGGUUUAGGGGAAUACAAAGACAUUUUUAUUCGACAUGACAUCCAGGGGUCCGAGUUGGUUCUUUUGGAAAGACGGGACCUCAAGGAUCUUGGGAUUAAAAAGGUGGGUCAUAUGAAGCGGAUUCUCCAGGGCAUUAAAGAAAUGAGCAGCCACUUCUGACGAGAGACAGCAGUGCCACAGAGCCUUCCUGGAAGGGGCCACGUUUGCUUCAAGACCCCUCUGCUACAGGGCCCGUCUUCUGGGAGGGCUGGUGUUGCGUGCACAAGCCUGCCCAUUUCUUUGUCUUGGAAGGAAGAUGGCAAAACAAGGGCAUGGUCACACAUUUUUCUUUGCAAGCAUGUAGUCUCAUAACCACACAAAGAAGUUUGGGUGGAACUAGGCCAAAGGGCUUCCAGCACCUUCGAUUCCUGUCCUGUCCUGCAGCGAGGACCCUUCGUUAGAGUCUAACAACAUGACGUCAGCUACAGACCUGACAGAGUCUCUCACUGACUGUAAGAGAACAAACUGAAACUGCGAGCGACUUUCAGGAAUCCCGAGGUGAAAAUGUCUGGGCUUUUGUUUCUCCUCAGUGGAGGGAUACUGUAUAAACAUCUUGAAGAAUGUAUGUGCCGCUGCUGCUGUUUUUGACUGUCUGCUUUGGAACUUGUGUGGAGUUUCAGUAAUGCUAUUGCUGCUGCUGCCCUGGUACUCCAGUGUGUCUUGUGUUUCCUGCAUGGCUUCCCCUAGUGAUUGGAAUGGUAAAUGGUGCAAUCUUAGUGACCUGUCAGAUGUUUGCUCGUAGUGUACAUAGUGGCCCUAUUGCAAUUUUGUUCAAAGCUUAAGCUGUAUUCAGGAUCUUGAUACUAAACCUGAGCCUCAUUGACAAUGGUACGCCAGUCUAGGGCAACUUACCAUAUUAAACAUUUCAAAGUAUUCUUUUGUUUGCACUUUAAAACCAAACGGAGGUAAGUGGUGUCACAUGUAUGGGUAAAACAUAAUAGCUAGUGAUGGGCACCAGUAUUGAUAUUUUGAUGUAUCGAUACCGAUAAUAAUUUCCAUAUCGCGAUAUCGUGGGAUUAAAAAAAAAAAAAUCACGUACGCUCACAGAGGCAAGCUUUUCAUUGCUAAUGCUGCUAGAAAUAAACGCAGUAUAAUCAAGUUUAGGUUAUAUUAAGAUACAACAAACCCAACACAUUCCAAUCAUCGUCAGUCUCAUAGGCAAACACCACAGAGAGCAGUAAGUAAUUAGAUGAACCGAACACUUUAUUAAAAGAGAAAAAGUAACUCGAAGUAGUACAAGCUCACUGUAGGGCAGCCAUUUUAUCCAACUCCUCUGAUGCAGCCCUGCGUUCCUGUAUGUAAAAUAUCCAGUAGAUGGUGCUUAAAUGAGAUGUACUUUUAACACAUUUAAAUAAUGCAAAAUUUGGCAUGACACCAUACUUAAUACUGUUAGAGGUGUGGUGAGUCAGCAUUUACACCCAGAGCAGCUGAAGGUUCAAUUACUUACGGUUUGCCUUAAAUCUGUGCGCAGUGAAGAGAGAUAAACUGGUUAUGAGGUGGCUGAUGAUGGAAUAGUAAAACAAUAUUACAAGACCUUGUUUUUCUCAAUAGAUAUAGUGAAGCAA